CGUGCUUAGAUUAGAAUUAGACCUUAGACUUAGGGAAGUUUAGACCGUUUAGACCGCUUAGACCGUUUAGACGUUUAGAGUUUGGACCCUGCGGAAAGUUUUUGAAUAUCUAACGAAUAGCCUAUCUAAAGAUCGAUAUAUUGUCAAAAAAUCUAAAUAGUUCCAAAACUUCAACCUACGUGUAAACACAGAUAGCGUUAAUAUUUCACAUUUCUUCCUUUACAAUAUCCAAAGAUAGUCGUGCAUUGAAAACCGUAAAUUCAGAAGUUUAAGUCUUUUAAACAAGACUGUCCCCACACAUUUCCUUUGCAAAUCCCAUAUAAAUAUAAAAUUUUUGUUUUCUUGCUCUAACAGUUGUACGGUAUACGGCUUUACCAAUUAUUAUCACAAUCUCAUUCACUGCGAUGGCCUUGUCUGUUUCUUCUUCUUCUCCAAGCAAUCACAAUCUCUCAGAACAAACCCUGGUUAGUGGUGAUUCAGGUUCUAACUGUGUUCCUUCUAGGUUGGAAGAUAAUAACAAUCCUCGUUGGGGACCAGCACACAAGGGCGCUCAAGAAUUAGCACAGCUUUACACUAAAGGCAAAAGAUUCCAAGAAACCUUUUCGGUAGUUAUUGCUGUUGCAUUGAUGGUGAUAGAUCUGUGUUAUUUGACAUAUUACUUUCAACUUCAAUCAAUUGGUGUUAUUCUACUUUCUGGCUGUGCUGGUAUACUGUCAGCAGAUUUUUCAUCUGGACUUCUUCAUUGGGCUGCAGAUACUUGGGGCUCAGUUGACCUUCCUGUCAUAGGAAAGAACUUUAUACGACCUUUUCGGGAGCAUCAUAUCGAUCCCACGGCUAUUACUCGCCAUGAUUUCAUAGAAACCAAUGGCGACAAUUUUAUGGUGAUCAUUUUGCCUCUAGGAGUUAUGGCGUCACGUUUCUCGACUUGUUCGAACGAUCAGAUUGCGCAUUCCUAUGCAUGGUACUGGUACCUAUUUCUUUUUUCAGUUUUCGUCUGCGUGACCAAUCAGAUUCAUAAAUGGUCGCACAUGUACACCGGGCUUCCUAAAUGGGUUCAAUGCUUACAAGAUUGCCACAUUAUUCUACCCCGUAAACAUCACCGGAAGCACCAUGUAUCGCCUCAUGAGACAUUCUUCUGCAUUACAACAGGUUGGCUGAACAGGCCUCUUGAAAUCGUGAAGUUCUGGAAAAUACUUGAAUAUUUAAUUGAAAGUGCCACCGGUCAAAAACCGCGAGCAGAUGAUUUCAAAUGGGCCGAAAAAAGAAAUUAGCUGUUUAGUUAGUGCAAGGCAAUGAUGGAGUCACGCCUGUAACUACUGUAUAUUUUUGCUUUUACGUUAUGCUUCCAGGCACAGUUUAUUACAAUUGUCCUAUUUUACUUGCUCCGGAGACUGCUUCCUCUACAGAAGUACAUAGGGCUUAUUAAUGCAAAUAUGUCAAAAUAAAACUAAUUGUCAUGUGUUUGUUGUAGAAUUCAGCAUAAGAACUUUUUCAAUUACAGUAUUAAAUAGUAUGAAAUUGUUAUAAAAUCCGAAUGAAACAAAUAAAAUACAUUUUCUUAUUGGUUAA